AUGUCAGAAACCACAUUUGUCAAGAAAUUAGCUUCUAAUGAACGUCCUGUACGUGAAAGCGCCAUUGAAGCCUUGAAACAAUAUUUAUCAAGGGACAAGAAACUCUCUUUGUUGAAAUACCAGAAACUAUGGAAGGGUCUUUACUAUUCGAUGUGGUUUUCUGACCGUCCAAGACCUCAACAACGUUUGGCCAUGGUUCUCGGAAAGUUAUUUUCGGAGACCAUCCCAUUGAAUAGCUUCACCGUAUUUGUGGAAGCCUUCUGGUCCCUUAUCAUUCGUGAAUGGCCACAAAUAGAUCGCCAUAGAAUUGACAAAUUUUACUUGUUGUUGAGAAGAGUUAUAGGGUGUUGUUUUGAAAGAUUGAAGAAGGAAGAUUGGGAUGUCGAGCUAGUGAACAGUUACGUUGAAACCCUUCAAAAGAAUGUAUUGUCUGGUCAAGUUAAGAUCCCAUUGUCAUUAACAUUUCACAUAAUCGAUGUUUACAUAGAUGAGUUAGAAAAAGUCAUGUUUGAAGAUAUUAAUGACGAAGAGCUUGCAAACGAAGAUCUUGAUGAGGAAGAGAAGGAGAAAUUGAUGAAAGAAAUAAAUGAGCAGAAAAAAGAAAUACUCGAGGAAGUCCCAUUGGAUGAAUUAUUCAAAGUGUUUGGCAAAUUGAAACAGUCAACUGGAAUUAAAGUGUUGAAGGCCAAAAUAGAUGAAGAUUUGAUCGCUGAUGAAAGAAUCCAAGAAUGGAAGAUUAAAGUUGAAGAUGACAGUGAUAAUGAAGAAGAAGAAGAUGACGAGGAAGGUGAAGAAGAUGAGGAAAGUGAUGAAGAAUAUUUCCAGUAG